AUGGUAACAUAAGCAAACGUUUAUUCUGUCCUCUUGAGGCUUUAGCUCAAUCUCCAUGUUUUUAUGUAUUAUUUGCUAAAUUAGCUUUCUUACCAUAAUACAAACGCAGUUAAAAUGGAGGGAGCAGAUACUGGAGGAAAUACUUACCUCAUUAGACCGAAUUAUCAUCACAAGUUCAAAGCAGCUGUUGUGAAGGAAUGCAUUCGUGAUAUCCUGAGAGAACAACUGUCUGGGGUGCAGUAUGAUCCGGAUGAGGUCGGCGUUCUGUCCCGUUCAUUAGCAGAUUGCAUAAAGGACAAACUGAAGGAUGUGGGCUUUGACCGAUACAAGCUGGUGGUACAAGUGGUAAUUGGAGAGCAGCGAGGAGAAGGUGUCAAGAUGGCUGCCAGGUGUUUCUGGGAUGCUGACACAGACAGCUACGCUCAGGACAUUUUCAUGAAUGACAGUUUGUUCUGUGUGGCGGCUGCUUUUGGCAGUUAUUUCUACUGAGGACAAAAGAAGAUGGGAAGAUUUUGCAAUAGCUUUGCUAUUUUAAAAGCACUUUUGCAGUCAUGACUUCAGUAAUUGCAUAAUUACUUUGACACAAGAACUUUAAAAUGAGAGUGCUCCACAUAAGACGUCCACAAAGACGGGAAAAGGUCCACAAAGCAUCUCCGAGUAGAAGUGAUGAUCCAGGAUCAGUUUAACCUUUUUUUUUAGAUCAUAGUGAAUAGGAUUACAUGGACAGAUCCUAGAUCAGAACUUCUACACUGAGAUGCUUUGUGGAUUCGAGUCUAGAACUUGCCCUUUCCCCGGAGAAGAUGCACUGUGCAAUCUCUGUUGUGUUUUUUUUGUAAGUAGCAGCAAAUUACAGUUAAGUAUCUGACAGAGGACUGUGGCCAUGCUUCACUGCAGAGGACAACGAAACAGGCACUGUUUUAUUCAUACUAAUGUCAGGGCAACCUGAGAAUAAAACAUGCAUAACCUACACACAGACUGUGGCUGUAACAUGGUGUUAAAUUCUGUCUAUCAAUGUUUUCUUUCUAAUGCGUGUCAUUUUACAUCACCCUUAUUGCUAUUUGUAUACAAGAUUAGUUUAUUAAAUGUAAUUAAUUU